CCUGGCCAAUGGCGAGUGUGAAAGCGGGCGGCCCAGGCUAGGGGUGCGGAGGGAGCUCAGGGAGGAGGGCGGCCUAACCGGAGAGAAGCAGGAAGUAGCGGCGGCCCCGGGGAGGGCGGCGGCGGCGGCUGCUGGAGCAGGAUAGAGACCGCUGCCUCUCGGCUCGCGCUAGGAACGGAAUAAAUGGCAGGGACUUAAUUCCGCCCGCUGCCCAGCUUGGCCGCAAUCUAAUCGCCCCCAGCCGAGAGCCGGCCCCUCCACUGUGCAGAAGGCCCUGGGCCCGGGCAGAAGGCAGUGAAGCCCCCAUCCGACCCAGGUCUCUUCACUCUCUUCUUGAGCCCCUGCCUUCAGCUUUUGGGGAAGAGCAGAGGGAAAAAGAGUUGGUACUCCCCCUACACCUUGGUCCAUGCAGUGCCAGCUGCCACCUGCUGGGACUGUCUCCAGUUACAGUCUCAAGGCUGGAAAGAGGUCUGGGACCUGCCACUAUGGGGGACAUGAAGACCCCUGAUUUUGAUGACCUCCUUGCUGCCUUUGACAUCCCUGAUAUUGAUGCAAAUGAAGCCAUCCACUCUGAGCCAGAAGAUAGUGAGGAGCCAGGAGGCCCAGGGAAGCCAGAACCCAGAGUGGAAGGAGAAUCUGAAGGCGUGGCAGCGGCAGCUGCUGGGGAUGACCCUCAGGUUCCAGCCCAGGCCUCUGACCAUGGCCUGCCACCACCAGAUAUUCCCACAGUCAGCGUCAUUGUCAAGAACACUGUGUGUCCUGAGCAACCUGAGACCCUAGCUGAGGGAACAGGAGGGGAAUCAGCCCGGGCUGUGGGGGUACCUAAGGAAGGAACUUUAGGGGCUUCUCUGAUGCAGAAUGGAUUUGGGGUUUCUGAGCCAUCCCUUCCAGGAACUCCCCACUCCCCAGGUCCUCCCAGUGUGGGUACCUGGAAGGAAAAAGCUAUGGAAGGCAACCCCACCUUGGACCUUUUUGCUCAUUUUGAGCCUGAGCCAGGGGAGCAUCCAGAUCCCCUUCCUCCUCCUGCACCCUCCCCACCUCAUGAGGGGGCAGUCACCCCGCCUUCUUUCCCCUCACCUUUUGAACUGGCCCCGGAGAAUGGUCCAGUGCUGCUGCCACCUAGCUCCUCCCCACCCCCUGGGGCCUUGAAGCAAGAAAGCUGUAGCCCCCUUCAUCCUGAGGAACAAGGCCAGCAAGGGCCAUGCUCUAGUCCUGAGGUCACAGCUACUCAGGUUGAUGGAAUGUCAUUUUUCAAGCAGUCUCCAGGGCACCAGAGCCCUCCUGCCUCUCCUCAUUUGCCCAGCUGUAGGCCCCUGAAGGAAGAGGAAGAUGAGGGCCCAGUGGUCAAGUCUCCUCCUAGAAGUCCCCAGAGUCCUUCUAGCGGAGCUGAGGCUGCAGAUGAGGACAGCAAUGACUCGCUUGCCUCCUCCACCUCCUCUCGGCCCCUCAAGGUGCGGAUCAAGACCAUUAAAACAUCCUGCGGGAAUAUCACGAGGACUGUAACCCGGGUCCCCUCAGACCCUGAUCCCCCUGCCCCCUUGACUGAGGGGGCCUUUCUGGCAGAGGCAAGCCUCCUAAAGCUGUCCCCUGCAGCCCCUGCCCCUGAAGGCCCAAAGGUGGUAAGUGUGCAGCUGGGCGAUGGCACGAGGCUGAAGGGUACAGUGUUACCUGUGGCCACCAUCCAGAACGCCAGCACUGCCAUGCUGAUGGCAGCAAGUGUAGCCCGCAAAGCUGUGGUUCUGCCUGGGGGAUCUGCCACCAGUCCUAAGGUGAUGGCUAAAAACGUGCUAGGCCUGGUGCCCCAAACCUUGCCCAAAGCUGAGGGGCGUGGAGGGCUGGGGACGGGAGGUCAGAAGGUGAACGGUGCCUCAGUGGUGAUGGUGCAGCCUUCAAAGCCAGCUGCCGGCCUGGGCACAGCGAGUGGAACAGUGAUCUCACGGACCCAGUCCAGCCUGGUGGAGGCCUUUAACAAGAUCCUCAACAGCAAGAACCUGCUACCUGCCUACAGACCCAACCUGAGUCCGCCUGCUGAGGCUGGGCUGGCCCUCCCACCCACAGGCUACCGCUGCCUGGAGUGUGGGGAUGCCUUCUCGCUGGAGAAGAGCCUGGCUAGGCACUAUGACCGCCGGAGCAUGCGCAUAGAGGUCACCUGCAAUCACUGUGCCCGUCGUCUGGUCUUCUUCAACAAGUGCAGCUUGCUCUUGCACGCACGUGAGCACAAGGACAAGGGGCUUGUCAUGCAGUGCUCGCAUUUGGUUAUGAGGCCUGUAGCCCUUGAACAGAUGGUGGGGCAGCCGGACAUCACGCCUUUGCUGCCUGUGGCUGUGCCGCCUGCUGCUGGACCUCUGGUCUUGCCUGUUUUGGGCAAGGCUGAAGGGGCCAUCACCUCUGCCAUUACUGCAAUUGCCACUGAAGCCCCUGUGCUGCCACUGUCAACAGAUCCACCUACUGUCCCUGCCACCUCUGCAUACACGUGCUUCCGCUGCCUGGAGUGCAAGCAGCAGUGCCGGGACAAGGCAGGCAUGGCAGCCCACUUCCAGCAGCCUGGGCCCCCAGCCCCUGGGGCCAACAGCAAUGUGUGUCCGUCCUGCCCCAUGAUGCUCCCCAAUCGCUGCAGCUUCAGUGCCCACCAGCGCACGCAUAAGAACCGAGCCCCCCAUGUAUGCCCUGAGUGUGGGGGCAACUUCCUGCAAGCCAAUUUCCAGACCCACCUGCGAGAAGCCUGUCUGCAUUUCUCUCGUCGUGUAGGAUACAGGUGUCCUAGCUGCGCAGUGGUGUUUGGGGGUGUGAACUCCAUUAAGUCCCACAUUCAGACAUCACACUGCGAAGUAUUCCACAAGUGCCCCAUCUGCCCCAUGGCCUUCAAGUCUGCACCCAGCGCUCACGCCCACCUCUUCUCCCAGCAUCCGACCUUCCUCACACAGCAAGCCAAGCUGAUCUACAAGUGUGCCAUGUGUGACACAGUCUUCACUCACAAACCCCUCCUCUCCUCACACUUCGACCAGCACUUGCUGCCCCAGCGUGUCAGUGUCUUUAAGUGCCCAUCUUGUCCUCUGCUCUUUGCCCAAAAAAGGACCAUGUUGGAACACCUUAAGAACACCCAUCAGUCUGGGCGCCUAGAGGAGGAGACACCUGGGAAAGGGCCUGGAGGGGCCCUUCUGACCCCCAAGACUGAGCCAGAGGAGCUGGCUGUGUCUCAGGGAGAGGCAGCCCCUGCAACUGAGGAGUCCUCUUCAUCCUCAGAAGAGGAAGAGCUGCCCAGUUCCCCUGAGCGCCGGCGCCCAGCCAAACGACCCCGGCGGGAACUGGGGAGCAAAGGCAUCAAGGGUGGGGGUGGUGGGCCUGGGGGCUGGACCUGUGGCCUUUGUCACUCUUGGUUCCCUGAGCGUGAUGAGUAUGUGGCUCACAUGAAGAAGGAGCAUGGCAAGUCAGUGAAGAAGUUCCCCUGUCGCCUGUGUGAGCGCUCCUUCUGCUCUGCCCCCAGCCUGCGGCGCCACGUCAGGGUCAAUCAUGAGGGCAUCAAGCGAGUUUACCCAUGCAGGUACUGCACAGAGGGAAAGCGCACCUUCAGCAGCCGCCUGAUCCUGGAGAAACAUGUCCAGGUCCGGCAUGGCCUGCCUCUUGGGCCCCAAUCCCCUGGCAGAGGGAGCACCCUGGCUCGGGGGCCUGGUGCCAGAGCCCAGGGGCCAGGACGGAAACGUCGCCAGUCUUCUGACUCAUGCAGUGAGGAGCCUGACAGUACUACACCUCCCGCAAAGCUCCCCAGGGGUGGUCCUGGGUCAGGAGGCCACGGUCCCCUACGCUAUCGGAGUGGCUCUGCUGAGCAGAGCCUCAUAGGGUUAAGGGUAGAUGGUGGUGCCCAGCAGUGCCUCGACUGUGGCUUGUGCUUUGCCUCCCCUGGCUCCUUGAGCCGGCACCGAUUCAUCAGCCACAAGAAGAGACGGGUUAUGGGGCGAUCAGGUGCCCUGGGGCUGGCAGCUGGGGAGGAAGAGGUUCCUCCUCUGUCUGGGGCUGAUGUAGAAGGUGCUGAUUGUCCCAUGGCCCCUUCUGGUGGCCCACUGACCUGCAAGGUCUGUGGGAAGAGCUGUGACAGCCCUCUCAACCUCAAGACACACUUCCGCACACAUGGCAUGGCGUUCAUCAGGGCUCGGCAGGGGGGCAGCGGGGACAACUAGGCCUUGGGUCUGGGCCUGACCAGCUUGUCUUCCCUGGGAUUCACUGCUGCUGCUGCCUGGUCCCUAGAUUGGGGACAUUUCACAUCACAUUGUGUUUAGUCCCUCUUCUUAACCCUGAAGAAAAAGCUUUUGAGGAUCAUAGUGGUUUGCAAUUCCCCUUGGGGCCAAUUGGGCCCUCCAUUCCCACUCUCUGAACCCAACACUAAUCAUGCUCCUGCUGCAGACCCCCAGGAUACAACUUGGGGGAGGACAGGACCGAAGCCCCCCCCAUACCACCUUUAGGCACAGACUUUAUUCCCCUGGGUUGGGCCCUGCCCUGCUGCCCCAUACUCCCUGGCACUCGAGCCCCUCACCCUGCAGUGCCUUUCACUUGUCUUUUUCCCCCAGAAAUCCAGGGGUGGGGGGUUGGUGGGGAUGUGUCCUGUCACGGCUUAGGGAGGGGACAGGGGCUCAGGAAUCCUUUAUUCUUGUAGUAAUAAUACUAACUGGGAGAAAACCAGACCAUUAAAAUUGUUUGUGGUUUAAUCCCCACUCAGGUCUCUGUGGUUUGGACGAUUUGGACUUGGCAGGGGGGCAGGUGUCAGACCUGAGAAGCCCUUCCAGGGGAGGUGGUAUUGUUAAAU